UCGUCUGACUGAAGAUGAAGAGGAUGAAGACGAAGGAAGGGAAUUAGCAAUUGAGAUUGAAAACUGUUUUCCACAACUUUACAAAAUAUUUAUGACAUAUGUUCCUUCUGAAAAUGCGGAGUUGAGCAGUGCAGCUUUACAAGCUUUGGGAUAUUGUGUAUUUAAUCCAAAGAUUUCUUCCUUGUUAUGUGAAAUAGAAAUACAUGAACUACUUUCUACAUUAAACAAUGUUGCUUUAAAUUCAGGAGACAAACACACUCGCACAAGAGCACUUUGGGUGAUCUCAAAGCAGUCCUUUCCUCCUGAUACUGUUGCAAAGUUGGUACCCAGUAUUAUUGCUAUGCUAGAAACAGUACUAAAAGGAGAUUUACAUUCCGUGGUGGUUGAAUAUGAAGCGCUAAAUGUUAUCAUCCGGCUGAUAGAACAGGCUCCAUCCGACAUGGAGCAACAGGCUGUGAAGUGGGCUAAGAUAAUAAUUCCUCUGGUGGUUCACUCAGCUCAUAAAGUACAAUUAAAAGCUGCUAGUGCUUUGGAAAUGGGUCUACCACUUCUUCAGCAGCACCAAGAGGUGAUAACAGUCACUGAACAAAUCAUGACCACUAAAGUAAUUCCAGAACUCCAAAAGCUGUUUUUUUCAAAACAUGAAACAUAUAUUCUGAAACUGUGGCCCCUGUUUAUAAAGUUGCUUGGAAAAACACUGCACCAUAGUGGAAGCUUUAUCAAUUCCUUGCUCCAUUUAGAAGAACUUGGAUUUCGUAGUGGCUCCCCGGUGGUGAAGAAAAUAGCUUUCAUUGCGUGGAAAAGUCUGAUUGAUAACUUUGCUUUAAAUCCAGGUACACUAACACGCUGAGCAGUAAUGUAUCAGCAAUGAAUAUACUCUUGUUUCUCACCUGCA